GUACCUAAUUCCCUGAAGUCUCAUUUACGGAGUCUCACACCGUUUGCUGCCCAGAAAGUUGUGUUAGAUUUACAAAGGCGUUCCUUCUUCUUCCAUUCAAUAUCUUCUACCUCAGUUGUUUACGCAGAAGGUGGUCACAUAUUCUUCGUAAACAGGAACGAGGCGAAAUGCACAUGUUGGACAUACUGCGCAUACAAUUUGCCUUGUGCACAUGUCGUUGAGGCGUUCUUGAACUCAUAUCUAAAUUGUGAUAUUCUGAGGAAUAGUGAGAGGUGGACACGUGUAUAUAACACAACGGACAACAUUCCGAGGGCCAUCCGGUUAAUACCGGAACCAAACAACGCGUUUCGAAAUGCUUAUGAACGCUUAAGAUGUCGUCUCAACAGUCUGAACCGAAGAAAUCCGGAUGCUGCACUGCGGGAAAUAGCGGAGUUUACCAGAAGGUUGGACAGUUUGCUAGCAAAUGAACCGCAAACAACUUUAAGAUUACGACGUGCCCCUGUUAAUCGAUUAUUUUUGUGA